AUGAGAAUCUCGUCCUCUUUUGAGAAAACCCUAAUUGGAACGGUGUUGGGUCUCGGGUUUCUUGACCCGACCCGGGUUCUGGCGGGUGUUAUUGGGCUCCUCGGAUCCGGGUCGGGUGCGGGAUUGGGAUCGGAGCCGUUGAGGAGAGAUGGGUGGAGAUGGGAAAGUGCGUCGUGGUUUUCUUCUUCCCUGGGUUCGGGUUCGGAGUCGGAGCGGCCCAAGAAAAGCAAAUGGGGCUGUGGGUCCCACAUGACCGCUGCUGCUGACGGCGUCAACUCGGUGACAGCGAUGGUUCCACUCGCCUGGGGACACAGUUUGACACAGUUCAGUGUUGUAUAUGAGAGU